UAAAAAUAACAAAUAAUAAUAAAGACACGUAAUAAACAUAAGAGUGAAAUAACUGGAGAGAACUGAAGCCAAAGCCCUAAAACAGUAACAGAGAACCCACUUCAACUCUUGGUGUCAAUUUCAGUUUAUAACAACAUGGCAAGAUCGUUGUCCAACUUUAUCUUGAAGGGAAUCGCAGGUUACCCAGUUGGGCCUUCUUCUAGACUUUUAUCUGGAUCCUUUUACCACAAUGGAAUGAAGUACUCUACUUCUGUGCCCAAUGAUCCUGACACACAUGAAGAUUUUAGACCUACUAAUAAGGUUGAGAGCUCUGGCCUUUCUUUAAAGGAUGCUGUUGAAAAGGAUGUCAAAGAAAACCCUGUGAUGAUUUAUAUGAAAGGGAUUCCUGAGAUUCCUCAAUGUGGAUUCAGCUCACUGGCUGUGAGAGUUCUGCAUCUAUACAAUGUUCCUUUAAGUGCUAGAAAUAUUUUGGAGGAUGCUGAGCUUAAAGACGCUGUAAAAGCCUUCAGCAACUGGCCUACAUUUCCUCAGAUUUUUAUUAAGGGAGAGUUUAUUGGAGGUUCAGAUAUAAUUCUCAAUAUGCACCAGACCGGCGAGCUGAAAGAGAAGCUCAAAGAUAUUUCGGCGGACAAGAAAUCAGAAUGAAUUGCUGCUGUUGAAUGCCAAGUGUUGGGAUAGACUUAUUAGGUGUUUACUAUUCUUCGGCGUUACUGCAAAAAAAUGAUGGGAUACUAGUGUUCUUUUUUGCUUAGUUUCUUGUCCCAUGAGAUAAGCUUGGGAUUGUUUGCUUACUCCUUGUAGUUGAUUUCAAUCUAUUUGUACUGUUGACCUUAAAAUAAAUUAGUUACCAAAACAGUCUUGAGGACUGGUUUCCAGUUAAGAAAUCCAUAUUCUUGUUUUA